AUGCCAAUUGAGGAGACGAUGCAAGCUCCGCAUGUUGUCGUGAAGGCUGGAUACGUCCGCUACAUCGGCAUGAGCUCCUGCAAUGCCUACCAAAUCAUCCAAAUGCAGAACUACGCGAUCACGCACAACCUGACGCCCUUCAUCUCGAUGCAGAACCGCUACUCGCUCAUGUACCACGAGGAGGAGCGCGAGAUGUUCCCGACGCUGAAGAUGUUCAGCGUCGGCUCAUUCCCGUGGUUGCCCCCCGCGCGCGGGCUGCUCAGCCGGCCGAACGAUGCGUCGUCCAAGCGCGGCGACACCGACCCGAUCCUGGCUAGGUACAAGACCGAGGCCAACCUGCAGGUCGUCGACCGCGUAGAAGAGCUCGCGAAAAAGAAGGGCGUGAAGAUGGCGCAAGUCGCGCUCGCGUGGAUCUUUGCGAAGCCCGGCGUGUCCGCGCCCAUCAUCGGCACGACUAACCUCUCGAACCUCGAGGAGCUCCUCGGCGCGCUGGAUAUCAAGCUGUCCGAGGAAGAGGUCAAGUAUCUGGAGGAGCCGUACAAGCCAAUGGUCGUCGUUGGGGCUCUUUGA